AUGCCAGAUAUAUUUCUCAGUGGCAGCAAUCUAACGUCACUCAAUGUUGCUCACAACCAGUUGGUGGGAAACUUCCGAGGAAAUAAACUCCAAGGAGAGAUCCCUAAAUCCAUUGGUCUAGUGAAGAAUCUUAUUGUGCUCAAUCUGUCAAGCAAUGGUUUUAGUGGCAACAUCCCUUCAUCUUUGGCGAAUCUGACUAAGCUCGAGUCCCUAGACUUAUCGCAUAACAAGCUUUCAGGCCAAAUCCCACCUGCUCUCGGAGUCCUCACAAGUCUAUCUAAGAUUGUGGUUUCCCACAACCAGCUCAUAGGUCCGAUACCGCAAGGGACACAGUUUCAGACGCAAGAUGCUUCGUGUUUUGAAGAUAACCUUGGACUUUGUGGUCGUCCUCUCAGUAACAAUUGUGGAGACAAAGACAGAGAGAAAUCACAAGAACCAGAAUCAGAGGAAGAAGAAGAAGAAGAAGAAGUUUGA